ACUGGCCCUAAAAAGGGAACAAAGCACCCAAGGAUAACAACUAUGUUCUGAAUUCAAGAAUACUGCCAAUCACUGGGUGCAAAAGGUGAACAGUAAGACAGGAAGAUGUUCUUUUACUGGUGGUAUUUGUGUUUUUAUGUCCUCUGGCUUAAGGUGUCCCCCAUUGAGAGUGACUCAUGGAGAGUUAAAAUACCUCCCUUGAUGGUUGGCUUGGAAGGCUCGUGUGUGGUGAUUCCCUGCCACUUUAAUUAUCCUGGUCCAAGCAAAAAGGCCUCGGACUUCACUGGAAUCUGGUUAACAGACUUUAAUGAGAAGGUUUUCCAUUCAGUAACCUCCAAAAUCAGUCAAAUGUUCCAGGGACGUACAAGCCUCACGGGUGACUUAAGCCACAGAAACUGCUCGCUGAAAAUCAACCCACUGCAUCACACAGAUAAAGGCACUUUCAUGUUCCGGAUUGAGAUCGAAGAUUACAACAAAUAUUCCUUUACUCAAAGUAAAGUCUCCCUUUUAGUAAAAGAUUCUCCAGCACGCCCAACCAUAUCUUCAGGGAUGGAAAUGAGGUCAGGGAAGAAGGUGACAACUUCCUGCUCUGUGUCUCACUCCUGUCCAUCAGACCCACCUCACAUCACAUGGAAUUACAGAGGAAUACUUAAUAGCCAAUCACAGGAGCAGACCAAGGGUCAGUGGACAAUGACUUCAACUCUGAGCUUUAUACCCUCCAAAGUGGACCACAACCAGCCUCUCAUUUGCACAGCUGAGUUUCCAGGAGGGAAGAGAGUAAACAUCCAGACAACUUUGAAUGUCAAAUAUCCUCCUCAAAUUGAAGUUGCCUCCUCGUGUACUUCGGCGAUCUUAGUAGUAACAUGUCUGUGCAAGGUGAACUCCCAUCCUGCCAGCUACAUCAAGUGGUGGGGUUCAGACCCAUCCAAAGAGCUCCACAAUACCAGCAUAGAGACAAAUGGCUCUCUUACUAUUGGAACUCUACAGGGGAUACUAGGCUUCACAGACACUGUGCACUGCAGUGCCAGCAACAGUGAGGGCAGCUCUACCCUGACUUUACAAGUGCCUCACAAUGGAAACCUUAUAUACAUUUCACUUGCUGUCUCUGCACUUGUUGUAACCAUAACUGGCAUCUCCAUAUGGAUAAUGAAAAGAAAAUGCAGAAUAGAGCAGAAUGCAACACACCUGAAGACAGAAAUGAAUGUCACCCCAAGCCAGGCUGACUCACAAAGAAAAUGUGAAGAUUCCCCCCCAAACUACAAAGGAACGCAGCAUGUGUAUAGCAACAUGGCGCUGGAUGUAGAGGACAAUCCAUACGAAUGUGCUACUGAUGAUGCCAUUUAUGCCAACAUCUGAAGUCCAGUGAACUGAAUCUGAGCUGGACACUUGGAGAAGGAGAGCAAGACUUCAAGAAAAAUCUUUAUUUAUGUUUAGGUUGAUCUCAAUCAAUCUAGGCUUGUUUGUGCAUAUUGGAUGCCAUUUUUAAAUUGUAAAAUUCAACGAAUUAUUUCAGAGAGUUGAAGAAAUCAUGUAUAAUGUAAAACUUCCUUUCUUUAUUUUGGUUAUCUGUGUGACCAUGUGAGGAAGCUUGUCUUUAAGAAAUGACAAAUACACAUUAGAGUAAUUGUAA